GCGGUGCCUCCGGAAAUGCGAUCUGCUCCACCCAGCUCCCGACAGACCCACACUCAGGGCCCUGUUGUCCUGGAACAGGGACAAGCUCCAGGGGUGUUUGAAGCCCACGCGGGGCCCUCCCAGGUGUCCUAAGCCAGGGUCGCCUGGAGAGACGGUUAUACUCGAGACAAGGUCCCCGAAGCGACCGUUAAGCCCCACAGCCACAAGCAGCCAUGGGCCCUGGGGAGGAGCUGGCCCCAAUUCCUGACAGCUUCAUCCUGCAGCCGCCAACCUUCUACCCGGAGACUUGCAGCAGCUACUCCUACGUACACCCUACUAAGGAACACUCUAGUCACCUUCCUCACUUGGCUGGCUCUUCGCUGGGCCCUCUGUCACCCCCUCUGCAACCCACCUUGCCAGGAGCAUGGGAAGCAGGAGCACGGGCGGCUGAGCCAGCUAAGCCCCAGCAGUGCUGUGACAGGUGGUUCCUUAUGUCACAACCAUUUUUGGCGGCCUGCAUGCGGGCAAGAUGGUCGUGCUGCAGGGAGCAGUCCCCCUCGAUGCACACAGGUUUCAGGUGGACUUCCAGUGCGGCUGUAGCCUGAACCCACAGCCAGACAUCGUGGUGCACUUCAACCCUCGCUUCCACACCACCAGGCCCCAUGUCAUCUGCAACACCCUGCACAGAGGGCGCUGGCAGACAGAGGCCCGGUGGCCUGGGCUGGCCCUGCAGAGGGGGGCUGGCUUCCUCAUGCUCUUUCUCUUUGGGAAUGAGGAGGUGAAGGUGAGUGUGAAUGGGCAGCACUUCCUCCACUACCGCUCCCAGCUCCCGCUGUCUCGGGUGGACACCUUGGGCGUAUCUGGGGACAUCUGGGUGCAGGCCGUUGGAUUCCUGAACAUCAGUCCGUUUGCAGAAGGCAGCAGAGAGUAUCCAGCUGGACACCCCUUCCUGCUUCAGAGUCCCCAGCUGGAGCUGCCCUGUUCACGCACCCUCCCCCAGGGACUCUGGCCUGGACAGGUCAUCAUAGUUCGGGGCCUGGUCUUGCAAGAACCAAAGCACUUCACACUGAGCCUAAGAGAUGAGGCUGCCCGGAUACCUGUGAUGCUCAGGGCCUCCUUCUUGGACCACACACUGGCCUGGGUCUCUCCCUGGGGACGCAAGACUCUGAUCUCGGCGCCCUUCCUCUUUUACCCGCAGCGGUUUUUCGAGGUGCUGCUCCUGUGCCAAGAGGGUGGGCUGAAGCUGGCACUCAAUGGGCAGGGCCUGGGGACCACCAGCCUGGGCCAGCAGGCCCUGGAGAGACUGCGGGAGCUCCAGGUCAGCGGAAGCAUUCAGCUGUACUGUGUCCACUGCUGAGAAGCUCUGGGUGGCCCGGUCCAGAAGGGGAAGCCAGCCUGGGCCAGGGCCUCUCGGUGUGGCACCCACCUGUCACCACUGUGAAGGCUUCGUUCACACCUAGGUUGCAGCCUGGGUCUGCACCAGCCUGAGAUGGCACCAACCCUGUAGCUCCCACACCCGGAGCUGGGAUUUGACCUGGCUUCCUUUGGGGCCAACACUACCCAUAGGGGAGUCUGUGAAGCCUGCUGAAGAUUCUCAGAAGUACAGGGCCCUGAAGAACUUGGAUGUUUAUUCUAUUCCUACCCAGUAGCUCUGGAGAAACUUGCCCAGGCCAGCAGGUCACUGGUCCCAACCAACACUCAGACUCCAUCUUUGACAUCUGUCCUUCCCAGGCCCCAGCAUCAGCAGAGAGGCUGGUGUUCAUGAUCUUAUGAGCCUCAGGCUGGGCCUGACAUGCACUGCCCAUGCUCAUUCCAUCCACCAGCUUCUGUCCAUGACACAGGCCAAAGCUGUGCACGGAGUUUCUCCAGAGCAAGUCGGAGGACCAUGCCUCAGAAACACACAGUAACAACAGGCAAGAGACAGAGAGGGAGGCCUGUCUUGCCCUGUGGGAUGUCAGCACAGGCACACAACCAGCCUACAUUUCCUCCACCGACCACAUGGGAGACAUGGGCCCUAGGUUACUGGGUGGCCCAGGUGGUUUGUGCCACCCUGAUUCCUGUGGGUUCGCUCUAUGACAUCCACACAAGAGAGGAAUUGCCAAACAAUGCAUUUUUAGAACUUAUCCAUCAUUGAGUGACACAUAAAGAAAGAAAGGACAUAGAGAAACUGAACCCAUAUGAUGGAAUGGCUGAAAUGAGUAUUUUUAUAGUUUUGUACCCUACAAGCAGAGAGCAGUAGCCUCUGCUCAUCCAUUUACCAGAUUGAUCUAUCAUAGGGAGAAUCUUAGUAAGUUCCCCAGAGUAGAGAUUUCAUAGCAAAUCACCCUCAGCAUAACCCAGGGGAACUGGACAUCAGUGAGAGACGUAACUGAGUAGUGACCACCUAGAAACCAAGGCACUGGGUUCUAGACAGGAUCUAAGCCAAGGAGGAGCCAACAUGCAUGCUGGAUGCACCAGGGGCUGCAGACCCAAGGCCAGAGUGAAGGGAAGACUACAGGCAGCUUCACCGUGACACUGUCACUGAGCUGUGAGCAAAGCCUGUGCCACUGCUGAGUGUGUACACACUUGGGACUGGUGUGCUAUACAAAAUGAAUUUAACAGACCAGACCUGAGGCACCUGCUCUUAGAAAUGCCUGCUUAGAAAGCUGGCCUUGGCUGACCUCUGGAAAUGGGACUGUAGGCAGUUCCCACACAGACAUGGAACUUGCCCUAAAUGAGUGACUCUAUGUACGAAGACCAGGGUGACAGUAUGGCCCGUGCUGAGCGCCUGCCUUCCUUCUGGGAGUCAGCAUUCCUAUAAAUGCUAGGCAGAGAGCACCUACAUCACUCACCUGCCACAAAAACCCCAGACUUCUGGACGCAGGAGAUACCUCUGGUAGACAACCUUAGGCUUGUAGUUACAACUCCCAAAGGAGGAAUUUGCAGGUCCUGUUUGUGACCCUAUUGAGGACUCAGAAGCCUGCACCUGGCUUCCUCUAGAUGCUUCCCUUGGACCUUUCCCUUUUCUGCUUUUGCUUUGUAUCCUUUGCCCUAAGAAAUCUUAGCUGUGAGUCUAUUUGCUAAGGCUUAUGUGUCCUCCUAGUGAACCAGUAGAUAUGGAACUGACUUCAGGCACCCUCAAAACGUAUGUCUUCUUGGUAGAUGGACUCUGGACAUUAGGUGAAGUCCUUCAUUACCUUCUUACUCUGAAGUAACCUUGGCUGAUGCUAAUGAGCCACUGUAGUGUUCUUUGAUUCUGUUUGCAUUUACAUCUGUUUCUAUGGUACUUUUGACCUCUGUACACUUUUAACUUAUUUGUAUCUAUAUUAACCUUUUACAGUAAGUCCCCACCUUACAAAUGAGUUUGUUCCAGGAGAACAUUCAUAAGUCAGAUUCCUUCAUAAAUCCGACAAACUGAGUCUACUCAUCUUUGACACAAACGUACAAUGCAAAGCAUAAAGAAACACACAAAUACUGUAAACUAUUUUUACUUUUAUAGCACUUUAAAAUGAUAACAACCAGCAUAUAGGGGAUUUCAUGGAGUGAGCAUCUACGAAUGUGCAUAAUGCAAGGUCUGUUUGUGAAAGUUCACAACUCAAAUGUUUGUAAGUCGAAGACUUAACUGUACUUUUAA